CUGUUUAGGUGGCUGCACGACUGAGCAGGCCGGCCACAGCGUUGUCCCGAGUUUAUUAUCGCUGAGGCGCUGUGGGAAAGCCAACAACUUGUUAUCUCUGCACUCUUGAGUACACAACGCGUCUGCACCAUCUACCCAAGCCAUGUCAGCCAACGGUGCCGCCUCUAACGGUGCAACAGGUUCAGGCUCGCGAUCUCGCCCACAAGCAAGAAGGAAGCCAAACGACGAUGCAGCGUACACUGGCCCGUCCUCCACAGGCGCUAAGAGGCAUGCAACAGACAGAGCAGAGGGAGAACCGCGCGUGAAAAGGAAACGCUUAGACCCGGCCUCAGCAGCUGCGAGGCGGGCAGAGAAAGCGGAAGCGGACGAGGAGGACGAGAAAUCGAUUGUCGACUUCAAUAAACUGCCCACCGCGACCUUGCAUCGAUACCUCUCUCAUUUUAACCUCACUCCGUUCAUAUAUCCAUCACAGUUGACGUCAACUCCCCCACCCGCACCAUCCAUCUUGCUGGACCCGACGCGCCAGACUUCGCGUGGCUUGAGUCCCCUAGCCAUCACCACCUCUGCAAGCCGACCGAGGAGAGACCCAAAGAAUCAGAGCCGACGGCGCAGUUCGCGUCUGCUUGAAGAAAGCGAGCCUCGCGUACCGAUUCUCGCAGACGUUGCAGAUGUCCACUCUGUCCUCGCCACUCUGGUAGAUAAGCACUUUCAGGAGUACGUUGCGAACGAGAUCGAUACCCUUGCCUCCUUCAUGGUCAAAACCAAGAAAUGUGAUAAUAAUCUGUACGUCUCUCAUGUAUAGCACAUCGCUUGCCGCUUGUCGUCAAAACGUGUAUUGUGCAAUUCACGAACUAGUUCAUUCAUAGAUAUUAUCUUGUCUCACAGUAACUGCCACUUGACCACAGAAUUAUAUAAGCCAUAAUACACUCUCAGCGUGGUUGUGAUG